AAUAAAUUUUGGAUGCUAAAUGUUAACAAUUGAAUUUUCAAAAAAGAAUUCAUUAAAGAAGUUUUUAUUUGGAAUUUUAGCAAAUCAUAUCUUUGAAAAUUAUUAAAAAAAUAUGCUGUAAAAUAACUUUUAAUCUCAGACAUACCCAUCUCUAACAUAUGAAUAUCCAAGGGCUGGUAAGUUGCCAACGAGGAUAAUCUGAACCCUUAAUUCAGCUCAACACUGCAUUGAUUUUUGGCACUCACUACUGAGUGCUGUCCAGUACUAUCUACAAAUCCCCCGGUCGAGUUAGGGUUCCACAUUUCUCAUCGACUUUCAAAAAUGGAGCAGUCUUUUUGGAAGAGGCAAAGAAAAUCAACUAAUCCAAUAAAAUUCACACCAAUUUACGAUGUAGAGAAGAUCAUCACGAACCAAACAGAUGUUGCACUGGUCCUCGCAAAGCACAUCCUGCGAAAGGGCAGCCAUUCUAACGUUGUAUUUUCUCCCAUUUCGGUGCAACUUGUUCUUGCUUUAAUUGCGGCUGGUUCGGAAGGGCACGCAUUAAAUUACCAGCUUUUGUCCUUCCUCAAAGUUGACAGCACGCAGGAGCUUAAUGCACUUGCAUCUCACGUUGUUCAGAAUGUUUUUGAGGGGCCGGCUAGCUUGUCAUUAGCAAAUGGGGUCUGGACUGAUAGAUCUGUAUCGUUUAAGCCUUUUUUCCGAGAGGUGGCGGAUUCGGUGUACAAGGUUGUGUCUCAUGUUGUUGAUUUUCGGAACCAGGCAAGCGACGUGACCAGUAAUGUGAACUCCUGGAUCCAGAACAAAACGAAUGGCCUUGUUAAGGACACUGUUCCUCCUGAUCAAUUCGACGAGCAAAGUAAGAUUGUGUUUGCCAAUGCAAUCUAUUUCAAAGGAUCAUGGGCUGUUCCUUUCAGUGACUGGAUGACAGACACUUUGGACUUCCACCUGCUGAAUGAUGAGAAGGUUCAAGUUUCCUUCAUGUCCUACUACAUGAAGCAAGCAUUCAUUAAUGUCUGUGACGGGUUUAAGGUUUUGAAACUUCCCUACGAUACAUGCCAGCUGAUAUCCAUGUACAUCCUUCUUCCAGAUGCUAAAGACGGGCUGCCAUCAUUGGUCGAUAAACUUGCCACGGGGACAGGAUUCCUUGAGCACCUGGACAUUCCAGACCUCUCUGAGGUACGUGGCAAGUACCGGGUUCCCAAAUUUAAAGUGUCAUUUGGAUUCGAUGCAACUGAGGCUUUAAAGGAAUUUGGAUUGAGGGAACCUUUUAUUCCGGGAGGACUUAAUACGUAUACGAUGAUGGACUCUAAGAGGAAUGAGCUGCUAUAUGUUUCAAACAUACUUCAGAAAUCAUCCAUUCAGAUUGAUGAAGAAGGCACAGAAGCUUCCCCUUGUACCAGUGUUGCAAUGCCUCCAGCCAAUGUUCCUCCUCUUUCAAUUGACUUUGUUGCGGACCACCCUUUUCUCUUUAUCAUCCGAGAAGACAGUACUGGAGUUGUGCUGUUUGUUGGACAAGUUCUUAAUCCUCUAGCCAUCUGACCUGCU